UAAAAUAAGAAGGAAGGUUGACUGAGAAAAGAUAAACAUCUGAUAAAUGAAAGUGAGUCAGCAAAGUAAUAAGGUGCAUCUGCCAGAGAAAGACAUUUGGCUGCGACGGUGUGCCACAUUUCCUGCAAAGAUGAGAAUUUGAAGGUUUUAAACGUGUCAGCUUCUGAAUAAUAUGGGGUUCUGCCACUCAUGCAACCAAACUAUCAACUUUAAUUUUUAAUUAUCAUUUCAUUCCAAAUUUCAAAUCCAUCAACACUUUUUCCUUCUUUGCACCAUCUCAUCUCAUCUAUCUCUCUUUCUAUGAUGAUGUUAAAGAGUAAUUAUAUAAAAAAUCUUGUUAGCAGACCUUUCACCCUUUUGAAGUUUGCUUUUAUUUUGUUUUUCACUUGGACUGAGCUAGUCAAGGCCGCCAUCUUCUUCCAUUGUAACUUAUUCUGGAAACUGAUAACUCUGCCUUUAAGACUACUUAUAGCUAUAUGGAGAGAGAGACAACUGGAAAUGCGUCUCAAUGAUUUGCAUUGUGAGUUGGAAAAUCUUGUUUGGGAUAAGAAACAACUUGAGUUACAUCUCCAGACGGCCAUUAGAGAACACAAAAUGAUGGAAAUGUUAUUGGAUGACCUUGAACAUGAACAUGACAAAGCUAUUUCCACAGUUCAACUUUUACAGGAUGAGUUACAGGAGUUGAAAAAUGAAAACCUUAGGCUGUUGGAAGUUCAGGGAAAAGGAUAUUGGAACUUUACUGGUAAAGAUAAUGAUAACAAGUAUGGUACUCCGAGUUCUGAUGAAACUGGCAUCAUCCUCCAAGACUCAUCGAUGAUACACCCGGUUCCAAACACUCAGUACGAGUUGCUCAAACUCUUAAAACCCGAAUCAAAUGAUGUUUUUGAUCAUAGGAGGGGAGCUGCAAUCACACAGAGUCUGUUCAGUGCAGUGUUGUCACUUUUGGUUGGAAUGAUCAUUUGGAAAGCUGAAGACCCUUGUAUGCCCCUUGUUGUAGCGCUCUUCACAGUGGUUGGAAUGUCAUUGAAGACAGUGGUUCAAUUUUUUUCCACCAUUAAGAAUAAACCUGCUUCGGACUCCGUGGCUCUCUUGAGCUUAAACUGGUUCAUACUUGGCACACUUACUUACCCAACAUUGCCAAUCGUGGCCCGAAUGCUGUCUCCAGUGGCACUAAGAAUUGUGAAUGGAGCCGCAAGUCUUACUGGUUUGUCUUUCUCCUAAUUCUACCAGGUAAACUCUGAUUUAAGCUUUGGUUUUGUACCAUGUACAGUUAGAAGAAGAUUGUAAACCUUUUGUUUGGCUCUUUAUAGAGAUGUUAGUAUAAAUGUAGAUCUUGAAACUUAACAAGUAUAAUUAGGGUCAUGGAAGGUGUUGUAAGCUUGAAUGGCAAUGUUGAUAUACUUAACUGGUUCAGUUAGAUAGAGCAGCGUAGAAGUAAGUGUGAACUGUGGUAGUACCACUAGUUAUGUUUUGGGAUUCCUUUUGACAAGAAAGUAGUAAUGGUUGUACGGAGAACAGUUUAUUCUGAGAGGAAGAGACCUGAGAAGGUGCGAGUUUAACAGUUGGGUCAUAAUGAAGCCAUCCAAAUAUAAGUAUUUUUGCAAUUGGGGGUUAGUAUGAACUUACAUAUGAAGACACUGAAGCUGUCCCAAAAGAAACAAAUGAAUCAAAUGUUGAAAAAUUACUACACAUUGAGCAAGCUGUGAUAUUAACGAGGAUCAAACAUUUAAUUUUAAAGCAUUAACAUAAUAAUAGACAUAUCUCCUGAAA